AUGAACCCCACUCCCGUCCUGUUGCUGGCUUUCGUGACUACUGUAGCGGCUACUGAAACCUAUGUAUGCGUAAAGGACCACUAUUGCCGUCGUAACCAGUUUGAGGGGGAGCACAUGCACUGUAAAUUCAACGCGGAACAAGGGUUCAAACUGUGCACGUUGCUCGAACCGGCAACUUGCGUCGAUGACAGCGACUGCGCCUACGACUCGAACCUCGAAUGUCGUGGGUAUGAGGAAGGGAAGCCCGGCGGGUGCCGUGAUAAAUUCUGGCGCCAAAAAUUCUGUAGACAG